UAAGUGUAAUCAAUUUACAGGUUAUGUCGGGAAUUUUAUAAAUCAUGUAAAAUUCACAACAUAGCAUUGUAAAAACAGUUUUUUAAUUAGUAUUUACCUUUAAAGUUAUUAUAUUUAAAUAAUAAGGUAUUUAUGAAUGGUUUUUAAUUUAUGACGAAUGGCUAAACGAGUGAACUGAAAAAAUUAUAACCUCAAAAUUCGACGACUGGAUUUUAAAUUUUUUAUCAAAUAUAAAAUAUAUAAUUUUAAGAUUGUUUUAGGACAACAAUGUCAUCCUCAUCGCCUCCUAACUCCAAGGAGGACAGUAAUGAUAAUGAAGAUAUGCGAUUUUUACAAGACAUUAUGGUUUUUACGGACUCGAGUGGUUCGAAUUCAGUUUCUAGCAGCGAAAGUGAAGACGCUCAUGGCCUAAAGGUCCUUUGUGUUGGCUUAUGUCGCACUGAUAUUAUUCAAGUUUGUAAAGGCUUUCCUAAAGAAUGUUCCGAAUUAGAGUGUGUUGAUAUAAGAUGGGAAAGGGGAGGUAAUGCAUCGAAUACGUGCACAGUUCUUGCUCAAUUCGAUACUCCAGUUGAAUUUCUAGGUACUCUUUCUAAUCAACAACCCGGGCUAAAAAGUCUAAUACAAGAUAUGGAUGAACAUAAAAUUCGCCACGAUCAUUGUCCCUUUAAACCAAACACAACAUGUCCCACAUCCUCAAUUGUAAUAAAUUCAAACAAUUUAACUCGUACAAGAUGGAAUUAUAAUCCUGAUCUACCUGAAUUAACUGCCUCUGAAUUCAAAGCACUUCGUUUAGAAGAUUACAGUUGGAUCCAUUUUGAAGGACGAAAUGUUGACAAUGUUCUAGAAAUGAUGCAAAUAGUUCACAAACGAAACGUAUUGAUAAGGUCCAAAGGAUUUAGAACACCAUAUUAUCCGAUUGUCAUUAGUCUCGAAUUAAAUAAAAAUCGUGAAGGAAUAUUUAAAUUGCUUCCAUAUGUGGAUGUAAUAUUUGUUGGAGAGAAUUUCAUGACACCGGAUCAAUCGAAAAAUAUGACCAAAACGUUGGAGUAUGUUUGUCAAGCUCAUCAAAAACCAGGGGUAAUAAUUGUAUGUUCACGUGACGAACGCGGAGCAUUAGGCCGCGCUCCAAAUGGAGAAUUUACUCAAUGUCCAGCACAACAAUCCACAAAAAUUGUGGACAUCUACGGCACAAGUGAUACAUUUAAUGCAGCGAUGAUUUAUUUUCUAAAUCAGGAAAAUAUAAGCAGUAGAAAUGGUUGGCGGCCAAUAAGUAUGGUACCAGUUGAUUUCGAUAAAGAAAGUCCACUCGAAUUUAUCUGUCCUGACAUAUUGUAUCAAGCACUUGUUUUUGCAUGUCGUGCGUCAGGUGCUAAAAUGGGUUUCAAAGGUUUCGCCCCAUUAAGAAACGUUUACAAGGGUCUUACAGUUCAUCAAGAAAUAAAGUUGUGAUAAUUUUCCAACCCCGAGGUUAUAAGGUAAAAGAACCUUUUUUUUAAAGAAGAGAGAAUGAGAAACGAAAGAAUGCUUAUUUUUAUUUUAUUAUAUUUCACUUUGUUUUUUUUGACAAGUUUACGAAGAUUAUUUUAUAACCUCGGAGAAUUGUGUAUUAGUAAAAAAAAAAAUGAUAAUUGCAAAGUACUGAUGAGAUCAUAGAUCAAGAGAGAUCAAAGAAUGAUGAUAGUAUUAAUGACACAUAGGUGAUUCAGUUUCUUUUUUUUAAUAAUAUUUACCUUAAAGACUUUAACAAAGUUCAAUGAUUGUUCAUUGAUAGUUUGCAAUUAUUUACAAUGCA